AUGGAGUCAUUCAAAGCCGACCAUUACACUCAGUCGUCUACUCCUCGAAUUGAUCCUCCGCCUACAGUGGUAGUGGACGAUACAGAUCCUGCGAGCGAGAGGGAACUCGACAAUCAUACGCGACAACUCGAAUCACGACUUCUCGCGCCCUUGUCGGCCAUGGCGUCGGAAAACCAAGCAGGAGAUAUUGCCACUGCUGGCGCUCCCCAUAAUCCGUUCAACUUCCAAACUCAGAAUAUUGGCCAGCGCCGUGGUCACAGGUACAAGCAUAGUAGUAUCUCAGCACAGCAUCAGAUAUUCCAAGAACCGCCGCCGAGACCGCCUCCUGUCCUGCCAGCUUCGUUACCCAUACCGACAUUAGAGGAAGCAUGGAAGAGUAUGCAAAAUGAACAGCGUACUAGACUUUAUUGGAGCCUGUGCCACUUGGCAGUUGCUACCUUCAUCUUCUUUAGGUCUGAAGGAUCGCUCUCUGCAAUGGCUUUAUCCCACUUGGUCUUUUUCGACGCCGGCAGCGCUGCUGUAUGUGUUGUCGUGGAAGUACUAGGAAACUUUGAAGUUUGGCGACGCAGCAGCAUUCGUCACCCCUUCGGACUGGAGAGAGCCGAAGUACUCGCUGGAUUCGCCAUGUCCAUAUUUCUCCUCUUUGGGGGUUUCGACCUCGUCUCGCACAAUCUCAAACAUCUUCUGGAGACCAUGGGAAAUCAUGAGGCACACCACGAGCAUGGGCAUGACCGAAUAUCGGCUAGCUCUAUAGAUCUUGUAGCGGCCGUUGCUGCCAUAGGCACAUUAGUUUCUGCAUAUGGUCUGAAAAAUCACUCGCGCAUCGCAAAGGUCAUGAGGGUGUCGUGCCUGUCCGCACUACCAAGCGUGCUUUCUAAUCCGUUUCACUUUCUGACUUUACUUUUUUCCAUGAUUGUUGCGAUUCUGCCACUAUUCUCGAUUCAACUCUAUACUUGGCUAGACCGACUUAUCUGCGCCACCAUUUCGGUCGCUAUGUUUGGCCUCGGCAUGCGGGUGGUAAUUGCGCAAGGCCUGAUGUUAUUGAUGUCAUAUGGUGGAACUAACGGCAGCUCUGGAGUCACGGCUGUGUUAAGGGACAUUGAGUCAGAUGCUUUGAUCACUCGAGUGGAAGAGUCUCAGUUCUGGCAGGUUCACUACGGCCUAUGCAUGGCCAACCUAACAGUGAGAAUUCUGAGGGGUUGCGAUGAAAUGGCCGUCAGCAAGUUGCGGAGUCGAGUAUCAUCACUGAUCCAGAACAGACUUGGAGAAGGUUAUGGUAUGGGUGGCAAUACACGAUGGGAGGUUACCUUGCAAGUUUACCCUGAUGCAAGCUCUUGA